CUAAGUUCAUUACUGUUGAAGAUCAGAUAAUAAUUGGAAGAAAUUGGAUAUUGAAAUGGCUACUGAAUUUACUCCCUUAGUCAUUGAUAGCACUUUCUUAAGUGACUCCAAGAAGAUCAUUAAAGAAAAGAUUAUAGCAUGGGAAGGAUACUCAAGAUCAGGGGCAGUUUCUGAAGAUGAUGUUAAAAACAUUAAGAUCUUAGAAAAACAAUCUAAUGAUAAUAAGAAUUCUACUUUAUUAGCUCAAUUAGAUUUAUAUACUAAUACCAUUUUAAGUAUCUUAGAUAAAGCUGAACAAAGUGGUAAAGAAGAUGUAUUAAAAAAUAUCUUAGCAUUAACCAAUGACUUUUUAUUGGAAUUACCAGGUCAAGAAUUCUUAAAUUCUUUAUUGAGUUUAGCCAAUGUUGAUCCAGCAUUACCUUAUUCACCAUUUGUUAAAUUAUUAGAUAAUAAAGAUUUUAUUAUUAAGGCAUUAGGAUUAUAUAAUCUUACUAUUUUAUUAUCCAAAGCAUCUAAAUCUCCAGAAUAUGCUUCUAAAGUUGAUAAAGAAUUUUUAAUUAAAAUAUUUGAUGUCUUAUCAUCUGAUGAAUUUAUAGGUAAUAGUCAAAAUAUUAAUUCACAAUUCAUUGGUAUUCAAUUAUUACAAGAAUUAUUAAUUGUUAAAGAAUAUAAAAAAGUAUAUCAAGAAUCUAAUUUCAUUUCUAAUUUCAAAGCUAUAAAUCAAUUGAUUGCUAAUCUGGCUAAAAGUGCUAAUGCAACAGCCUUACAAUUAUCUUAUAAUGUGUUAUUAACUACUUGGAUUUUAUCAUUCAGUGGUCCUAUCAAUAAAAUUUUAGUUCAUAACUUUCCUGAAUUAGUUGGUAAUUUAUUGACUAUUGCCAAAGAAUCAAUUAAAUUAAAGAUCGUUAGAAUUUCAGUUGGUAUUUUAAAGAAUUUUACUGCUACUACAGUUUCAUCUAAUGAACAAUUUAAAACUGUUAAGAUUUUAUUAUUUCAUGAUGGAUUAUCUACUUUAAAUACUUUAAAGGAAAGAAAGUUUGCUUCUAAUGGUAGUGAUGAAGAAUUAUCAAAUGAUUUACUUUAUUUAUCUGAUCUUUUGAAUGAAAUUGUUAGUGAAAAAUUAACAUCAUUUGAUGAAUAUUUGACUGAAUUAGAGAAUCCAAAUCUUUUAAGUUGGUCAUCUCCAACUCAUAAAUCAAAUGAAUUCUGGCUUGAAAAUUCCGGUAAGUUUAAAGAUCAAAGUUAUAAAUUAGUUAAAAGGAUUUUUGAAAUCUUAUCAUCUAAAGAUUUCAAUAAUGCUAAAAUUAAAGUUAUUUUAUUAAAUGAUUUACAAUAUUUAAUUAAGAAUAUUGGUCAAGAUUUAAUUAACUUUAUUAAUACUGAAAAAUCCGGUGAAUAUAAAUUAUUAAUCAUGUCCUUCUUAGAGAAUAAUUCCGGAGAUAAUGAAUUGAAAUAUGAAGCUUUGAAGGCUAUCCAAUUAUUAGUUGGUCAUAGUUUCUAAUGGGAGAAAUCAUAAAUCAUAAAUCAUAAAUCGUAAAUGAUAAAUUAUCUAUCUAUUUAAUUCUCUUAACCCCCAUUUUGUUAUAUACAUUUAUAUUAUUUCCAAACUUUAUUUCAUGUUCUCGUAUAAUAAAUCAUUUACCUAAUCUAGCGCGCAAAAUUAUG